AACACGCUAUUUGGCAUUUAGUCAAGCUUACGUUGAUUCGUUUGUUAGAAAUACUGUGCUUACGUAUUUAUUAAAAGAAAACUUAUAAUAAUUUAAUUAUGGCAGAUGUGCUAGAUAUUGAUAAUGCAGAAGAAUUUGAAGUGGAUGAUGAAGACGAUCAAGGUAUUGCACGUUUAAAAGAAAAAGCGAAAAGAAGAAAAGGUAGAGGACACGGUGCAGAAUUGGUAUCUACUCGUGAUGAUGUUGGUCAUUAUGAAUCAAUGAACGUUGUUGAGGAAGAUGAUGAUGAACCAGGUCCACAAAGAUCUGUAGAAGGUUGGAUUCUAUUUAUAAAUUCUGUGCAUGAAGAAGCUCAAGAAGAUGAUAUUCAAGAUAAAUUUUCAGAAUUUGGUCAAAUAAAGAAUUUACAUUUAAAUUUGGAUAGAAGAACAGGUUUUUUAAAAGGAUACGCUCUAGUAGAAUAUGAAACAUUUAAAGAAGCUCAAGCAGCAAAAGAUGCUUUAAAUGGAACAGAAAUUUUAGGACAACCUAUUUCAGUUGAUUGGUGUUUUGUAAAAGGACCAAAGAAAAUUAAGAAGAGAAGUCACCGAAGACGAUGAAAAAAGAAUGAUAAUUAUUAAAAAAACUUUUAUUUCCUCUAUGUAUAACUACUUUAAAUAAGAAAGAUUGUUUUGUACUUCACAGAUAUUGUAAAAAAAAAAAACAAAAAACAA